GUUUGCAACGAUAAUUGGAGAAGAAGCGAGUAAACAUCUGCCACAGCGAGAAGCGAGAGCGACCUACUGCCAGUGGAAUAGAUAGAUUCGCGCUGCCCUUUAAGUUUCUUUACACGACCCGACGCAGCAAAAUUGUACUCCGGCCAGCAGCAUGGCAGCGACAUUGCGAAGAUUCAAUGGCUUCAGAUUGCUAAAAUCAACGCCAGCACUGAGUCUGCAACAGGCCAAGAACCUGUCGACGGCUUCGAGCUGGGCAAAUGGCAACAAAAAGCUGAUCGGUGCAGUUGGUGCCGUCACCGGUGGCGUUGGUACUCUGCUCUUUGCCUUGGAGCAAUCGGUGCAGGCCUCUGGCACCGAAGUGCAUCCACCCGCGCAGCCCUGGACCCACAAGGGUCUCUUCUCCUCGCUGGAUCAUCAGAGCAUUCGUCGUGGCUACGAGGUGUACAAGCAGGUGUGCUCCGCCUGCCACUCCUUGCAAUACAUUGCUUACCGCAAUCUGAUUGGUGUCAGCCACACCGAAGCCGAAGCCAAGGCCGAAGCCGAGCAGAUUAUGGUGAAAGAUGGUCCCGAUGAUACUGGCAACUUCUUUGACCGUCCCGGCAAGCUGUCGGAUUACUUCCCAUCGCCGUAUCCCAAUGAGGAAGCGGCCCGUGCUGCCAAUAACGGUGCCUAUCCACCCGAUUUGAGUUACAUCUCGUCGGCUCGUCACGGUGGCGAGGAUUACAUCUUUGCGCUGCUAACAGGCUACCAUGAUGCGCCAGCUGGUGUUGUGCUACGCGAGGGCCAGUACUUUAAUCCGUACUUUGCAGGCGGUGCCAUUUCCAUGGCCCAAGUGUUGUACAACGAGGUGAUUGAGUAUGAGGAUGGCACACCGCCAACACAGAGUCAAUUGGCUAAGGAUGUGGCCACUUUCCUCAAGUGGACCUCGGAGCCGGAGCACGAUGAUCGGAAACGGCUGCUGAUCAAAGUAAUUGGCAUUCUCGGCUUCCUGACUGCCAUCUCGUAUUACAUUAAACGACACAAGUGGUCGGCACUCAAGUCCCGAAAGAUCGUCUUUGUGCCCAAGGAGAAGUAGAUAAUGUUUGAAUUUGAUUUUGACGUGAAGAAAUGCAGUGUUAACGCGACUUUACCCACUAAAUAAACAAAUAAAUCAAUUUUAAGCAUAAAA